CAUUUGUAGCCGGGGCGUCUCCGCCCCCCGGCGGCACGGCGGCGGCAUGGGGCGGGUGGCGCUGCCCCUGUGGGCGCUGCUGGCACUCUGGGCGCUGCGGGCACCGGCACCGCGGGUGGCGGCGGGUGGCCCGGCAGAUGCCAAAUGGAAAACAAGAACUGACCAAAUUAACAAAGCUGUGGAAGUCUAUAAGCCAUGUGUAAAGGAGAAUUGCAGCUGCCACCAAAGUGUCUGGAAGCAGGACCUGGCUCCUUUUCGAGAUGGCAUUUCCAAGGAGAUAAUGUCAGAUGUGGUGAGCCGCAAGCUUGGGACGCACUACCAAAUCAUUAAGAACAAGCUGUACCGUGAGCAUGACUGCAUGUUCCCUGCAAGAUGCAGUGGAGUCGAGCAUUUCCUUCGGGGGAUCAUCAACCGCCUCCCUGACAUGGAAAUGGUGAUCAAUGUGCGAGACUACCCCCAGGUCCCCAAGUGGAUGAAACCCAUUAUCCCGGUCUUCUCCUUCAGUAAGACAUACGAAUACAAUGAUAUCAUGUAUCCUGCCUGGACGUUUUGGGAAGGAGGACCGGCUGUUUGGCCAAUUUACCCGACAGGUUUAGGGCGCUGGGACCUCAUGAGAGAGGACCUCAGAAGAUCUGCAGAAAAAUGGCCAUGGAUGAAAAAAAUCUCUAAAGGAUAUUUCCGGGGUUCCAGAACAAGCCCUGAGAGAGAUCCCCUCAUUCUGCUGUCCCGAGAAGACCCAGAACUUGUUGAUGCUGAGUACACUAAAAAUCAGGCUUGGAAAUCUGAGAAGGACACCUUAGGGAAGCCUCCUGCAAAGGAAAUUCCACUGGUUGAUCACUGCAAAUACAAGUAUCUGUUUAAUUUCCGGGGAGUGGCUGCAAGUUUCCGGUUGAAACACCUCUUCUUGUGUGGUUCGCUCGUCUUUCACGUUGGAGAAGAGUGGUUGGAGUUCUUCUACCCUCAGCUGAAGCCUUGGGUCCACUAUGUCCCAGUCAGAUCAGACCUCUCUGAUGUCAGGGAGCUGUUGCAGUUUGUAAAGGAAAAUGAUAACAUAGCACAAGAAAUUGCAGAGAGGGGACGCCAAUUCAUCACUGAACACUUGCAGAUGGAGGAUGUCUCUUGCUACUGGGAGCAUCUGUUGUCAGAAUAUUCCCAAGCCUUGACUUACAAAGUGAAAAGGAGGAAGAACUACAGUGAGAUCACUUCUGAAUGGCUGAAAACAGAACUGUAGAGACUUCUCCGUUUUCCUCUUCAGCUCAAACUGAUCUCUCUGGAAAUCUGAACAUCGGUGUAUCUUCUUUCUCGUUCUCAGAUUUGUUAUCCUUUGUACUAAAACUACAGAGAACAGCAACAGGCUAACUUUAAAAUUGUUCCCAUGCAGCCAUGCAGUGGGACCCAGUUCUACUGUCGCCGUAAGAACAUUAAGUAGAAUGUUGGAUUAUGGCUAUUUAGUGGCGUUGUUACGCUCGUGCCUGGAAGAGCAUAGUUAGCAUUUGGGACUUUGUUACUACCUGUCUAAGAAUGAUCCUAAAUCCCAUUCAGUCAAUGAGAAGCCUUUAUGUUAAAUUUACUGGACCUUUUGGUAGUAUCCGCUACACUCAACUGGGAGAUGCACAUCUAUUUUUGGCAGUGGUCAGUGUUUUCUCAUCUGUGUGAUGACACUUGGGAUAUUAGGAGUUCUCUGACAGAAGCAGGUACUGGGAUUUGGGGUAGCCUUUUUAGAUAGCUUAGAGCUUACUUUUCUGAUGUUUAUGUCAGGUUUUUAAAGAGGUUGAUGGCAAGGCUUUGAUGGGCUGUUAAGAGGACAAAUUAUCCUUGCACAGAUAAAUUACCUACCUCAUAGGAGAACGUCUGGUGAUGAUAAUGUUACCACAGUACUUAGUCUGAGUAGCAGACAGCCAAGCAGCUGAGAUAAGCAGUGUUUGUCCUCUGUUGAGGGGGCAAUGAGGUGGAUGCAUGGCCGUGCAAAACUGAGCCCCUGUUAGCAAGCUCUCACCGGUCCGCUGGCCAGACAUCCUGGGACCCUUAAGAACCUAGAGAAAGUAUACACAGAGGUAGAUUCAGCUCUUAGUUUUUUGUUUUGUUUUUGUUUUUUCCCCAGAUGUUCACAGAUUCUCUGCUCCUUCUGCAGAUCCUUCUCCCCUUCUGCAAUCUUACUGUUGUUUUUCUUUUAUUGUUUUAAAGGGGGUAACACCUCUGUUCACUUCAUCAUUCUCUUUUCUUUCACCCAACUGUUAUGUUCCUUUUCUGAUCUUCCUCAGUCUGGUUGAGGGAAUGUCUUCAAUCACAUAGUGGCAGCUACUCGUUAUAUUAUUCAUUUUAAGUUCAAGUCAUAGGUUUCUCAGGCUAACUGUAUUUAUGCCAAGUACAGGCUGCUCAGCGCAUAAGGAGUGCAGUUUCAAAAAUGCUCUGUUGUCCCUGAACUGAGAGGCCUGGUAGGAAGCGCACAUUCUCUGGCAUCUAGACAGGCUUAGUUUCUCCUACUUACUGUUUGCUCAGUAAUGUCAAAGCCUUGCAUUAAAACAAGUUUUCUAGUGGUGAAGAGCUAGACCGCUGCUUCCUAGCCUGUCUGGUCCCUUCCACUGUGAGCUGCUUGCCCUUAUGCUUUGGGAUCACUGCUCCUGUGCUGCAGCUUGUCUGUAUCAGCAGGGUCAGAGCGGCCACUGUCCCUGACAUGUCCUUUGGAUGUCAGUGGUCAUCUGUCAGUUGAGCACAGUCCUUGGCACACCUGGCAUAUGGGUGCCCAAGUCUUCAGAAGCUGAAGCAAACUGCUCCCACUGGCCUGAGCCAACAGUAGAAACAGCGUGGCAUCCCAGGUGAGCUCCCUUGCUUAUGACAGGGCCCCACUCAUGUCUUGGGAAACAGCACAGUAAUAGAAGGGAUGAUUAUAGCUCAUACUUUUGUCUGUAGUCAGUUUGGAUGAGAGAACACGCUACCAAGAACAAUAAUGCUGAGUACAUACACAACACGUAUGCAUUCGGAGGCCUCAGCAGCACUGCCAACCCCUGGUACAGGGAAAUAACUGCCAGAGCUAUUAGUCAAGCACCAGCUGCUGGAGCAGCUCACCACUUAUGUGACCACUGGCUGGGUUCUCCCAGCGAGCAAAGAAAAUAAAUUAGAGUAUUAAAAUGGCUUGGUUUCUGAGGAAAAGAGUUGUAUAAGAGUGGAAGGGGUUUUCUGGUUUUGUAUUCUUAGCCAAUGAAGAGACAGCAGCCUGAGAAACUGAAACAACAAUGUAUACUUUUUUUAAACCAUUUUUAAUGAUGUGCUUUUGGAUUAAAAUAAACAAAAA